UCACAAGAGACACAGUCGUCUUCAGUCAAUUGAAUGAGCCAGUCAGAAUCAGUCGAGUGGCCCUCAAAAUAGCAUCUCCGAGGCAGGGAGAGAGAGAAAAUUUUAAUAUUUUUUUCUUUUUUUAUUAUUAUUAUUAGUAAAUUAAAUUGUGUAUGAGUGUGCAAUAAAAGCUCAAUGAAAAGGAAAUUUUUCUCGGUAAAGUGCAAUUUGUAUCACACCUGAAAGACGAAGUGAUCAAAAUAACCUUUUAAAUUGAUUGUGAAUGACUGUGUUAGAAGAAAAACGAAGAAAUAAUGUGAAUACCGAAAGAGUUUAAAAAGAAGACACUCGUUUUAUUGUUUCAAUUGCUUCAGAAAACAUCCUCUCUGUGUUAAUUUUCCUUUAGCAGUUUUUCUUCAUUAACUUCUUGUCUCAGUUCUCUGUUAGUUCUUUGCUCUCGCACAGUGUCUCUCGAGAAUUGAUAAAGUGUAACAGAUAUUGCAUAAUAAAGCAAUAGAAUCUGUAUACUAGAAAAAAAGUGAUAAUUUUCUUUAGUGGCAGUCUUUUUGGGUGGGAAAUUCUUCGUGUUUUUCGUGAAAAAAUAUCAAACACGAUCAACAUGUUGGGGAUAAUUGAAAUAUUUCUCUUUCUCUGUGUUGUUUACUAUUUAUUUGGCAAAAGGACUGGUGACAUGGUGGAUGUGAUUUCGAUGCGUCUGCAGGAGGCAUAUGCCUUCGGCUGGGGCGAUGGUGGUCAGAGAGUCGAGGAACGUCCGACCUUUGACUUUCUGCGGCGUUUUGGGGAACAGCAGCGCCGGAAGCGUGCCCAGGAGGUGGAAACGGACAAACGUACACGCGAAACGAGUUUGUAUGAGAUCAAGGAAUCAGCCAUGCAAGUUCCAACCCCACCCCAUCGUGUUCCCCAGGGAUUGGCUUGUCGCUACUGUGUUCCCGGAUCGGAGAUUCAGCUGGAUCCGCAUGAGCGUCGACGGGAUGUGAUAGAUGUCCUGCGUACGACUCAGCAUGCAAAUCAGGGCCCGAAUCAGAGUUACUUGGAUUGGGCUACGUGGUUUCCCAUCCUGGCCCAGUGUCUGCGCGUGAAGAAGUACGUGUUUCCGGAAGUGUCUCCGAAAGUGCUGGAGGAUGAACGUGUUCGGAGUGCUAUUGAUCAGGCGGCUGUGCAGUCGGUGAGGGAGGAACGUCAGGCAGCUGAAGCCCAGGGAAGGCCAUUCAAUGACACAGAAACCUACACGGAAAUGCUGGAGAGGCACAAUAAGCGUGCGAAGAAAGUCAUGCUGGACAUGAGAUCGAAACUCUCCAAUGUCCUUCUGCAGAUCACAUCGUGGUUGGUUUACAAGAUUCUACCGUGCUUCCUGACCGGAGCCGUUGCCCAUCCGGCACAGAUUGAAAUGCUUAAAGCUGCCUCGAGUCGUUCUCCGGGGACUCCAUUGAUUUUUUUGCCACUGCACAGAAGCCAUUUGGAUUAUGUUUUGGUGACUUUUAUGCUGUUGAACAAUGAUUUGAAGGUUCCUGUGAUUGCGGCGGGAAAUAAUUUGAGGAUACCAUUUUUUGGGGAAGCUCUGAGAGGCUUAGGAGCAUUCUACAUCAAACGCAAAAUUGACCCGAUUACAGGGAAGAAGGAUAUUGUCUAUAGGGCAAUUCUGCAUUCGUAUCUGCAGCAUUGCCUGACGGCCGGACACAAUGCGGAAUUUUUCAUUGAGGGCGGAAGGACGAGAACGGGAAAACCGUGUAUUCCGAAGAGUGGAAUUUUGUCGGUCGUUGUGGAGGCUUUUAUGGAAAAGGCAGUUCCGGAUGUGCUCCUUGUGCCAGUUUCUGUGAACUAUGAGCGUCUGGUGGAUGGAAAUUUCGUGGCGGAGCAUUUGGGUCAGAGAAAACCACCGGAAACUUUCACAUCAGCCAUUUCGGCCAUCUGGAAGGCGGUCAAAUCGAAUUACGGCCUCAUGAGGAUUGAUUUCAAUGAACCAUUCUCCCUCCGGGAACUCGUGGAGGCCUUCAAGCGAACACAGGAACGAGAAUUGCCUCGAACGGAACCCGGAGACAGACUCCUGCAACAAACGAAAUCCUCAACAUCCCUCUAUGGCACUGACAUCGUUCAGGAGGAUCACCGAGGAUUGGUGGACAGCAUAGCUCGUCAUGUUGUCUAUGAUUGUGCCAGUGCAACGAGUGUAAUGUCCACAAAUGCCGUAACAUUCCUCCUGCUCACCCAAUUCCGUCGUGGAGUCACAAUAAGUGUUCUGGCCAGAGCUCUCGAUCGUCUCCGGGACAAUCUGCACGGGCUGAAGGAUAUGGGCUUCACGGGAGAUUCAGAAGCGAUUAUUGAGUACGUGGUGACUCUUCUGGGCAAGCAACUGAUCACCCUGGACAAAAUCAAUGGCGAAAUGUUCAUAAAGCCAAUCAACACGGUUCCGGCCAUGCUAGAAUUGGCCUACUAUGCCAACACUCUAAUGCCCUUCUAUGCCUUGGAAUCGGUAGUGACGGCAGCGAUAUAUGCUCUGCUUCCGGACAAGGAGAUGGGAUUGGAAGAGAAGGUGACAGUGCUUGAAGAGGAACUGCUGGAACUGUGCCACAGAUUCUGUGAUAUCCUCCGUUAUGAAUUCAUAUUGAACAAACCGUGCCAGGAUCUGCAUUCUCUCCUCCAUGAGACACUCCAGAAGAUGCAAGAUAGAGAUCUGAUAAGUAUUCCAAAGAAAAUCCACACAGAGGCUGAACUCGAUGCAAAGCGGAUGCACAGGAGACUUCUGCUGAACAAUGACAUUGAUUCGGAUGAGGAGGAAUUUGUGCAGUGUGCACCGUUCAGAGAUGACAAUGUGGUUGUGAUUAAUAUGAGUCAGAGGCAUCAUCAUAUCAAUUCCAUAGCAAUUCUCGCGCCAAUCGCUCGAACUUACCUCACAGUCGUCGACUACCUGCAUCGGUUACUGGGAAAUGCUCAGCUCGAGAUUGAAUUCAUCAAGGGAGCCAUUGCAGAGAUCAGGCAGAAGUUUGACAACCAAGAAUGUGAAUUUGGGGAAUCUGUGUCAGUGGAGAUGAUCAAGAAUUGCCUGAAGCUACUGGAGAAAUGGUCAGUGGUUCAGGUUGAAUGUGCCGGAGGAGUGAGACUUCUGUCCCUGACCCACCAUUACAAUUCAUCGGCUGGAAUUGAGGAGGUCUACCACAGGAUACAGGCAUUCAAUUGCAUCCACCAUUUCAGUUUUGACUCCGAUCGACCGUGAACAAAUCGUUGACCUGAAAAUUUCUCUUGCAAUUCAAUGCAUUUAGUUUAUUUCCUCAUUUCACAUGCCUUUUUCUUUUCCCCUUUCUUCCCCUCUUUUCAUCUUUUACCCAAAAAAUCAUCAACAUAAAAUCCUUCACAUUGAAAUUUUUGAAAUCAAGAAAGAUUAGUGUACAAAAAGGUGUUUUUGCAGUGAAAAUAUAAAAAAAUAAAUUAAUGAUAUAAAUGAAAAAA